UACCGACGACCUUUGUGACGUCAUUACCUGGCGACAUAUUGAACACGCGAAGGAGGAGGCUUCGAACAGAUCUGCAGUGGGAAGUCUUUUUGUCAUUCACUUAUCAAAAUGGCUGAUAUACCGGCUGGAGAUAUUGAAAAGGGAAAGAAGAUCUUUGCCAGAAGCUGUUCACAAUGUCACACAGUAGAGGCUGGUGGAAAACACAAAGUGGGGCCAAACCUUCAUGGGUUGAUUGGGCGUAAAACUGGACAAGCUCCUGGCUUCUCUUAUACCGAUGCCAACAAGAACAAAGGAAUCACCUGGGGACCUGAUACAUUAUGGGUGUACCUGGAGAAUCCAAAAAAAUACAUCCCAGGCACAAAAAUGGUGUUUGCUGGCCUGAAGAAGACCAAAGAACGAGCAGACCUGAUUGCCUAUCUCCAGGAUGCAACAAAGUGACUUAGGUUUUCCAUAGGAAAUUAUCAUUUAUGUUUUUAUUUUAAUCUACAAUAUCCAUGAAAAGAAGAGAAAAUCGAAACCUUUUUGAUUGAAAGUCUCCACUUUAGGGAGACUGAAGUCCAUUUUUUCCAGGUUUUCUUCUGAAUUCUUCUACAGUGUUCGUGUGUGUUUUUUUUUUUUUUUUUUGUCUGAAAUCUGUUGUCUGAAAACUUCCUUAACUGUUGUAUACUAGUAAAGUCUGGACAAAUUUUGCCCCAAUCUAGAAUUUUCUGUAUGUGAAAACUAGACACCAGCAGAACUAUGAGCUCCCUGAAUGUCAAAUCUGGUUUUUGUUUGACAAGGUCACACAGGAUGACCUUGAAUUUUUACCUCACCAUGGACCUCUUGUCUGCAGUUUGGUCAUUCAGCAUCAUCACCCAUGCGUUGGAGUUCACUGCUGUUGUAUAUUUAGGUAGUUGGUCAUUCCAGUGCCUCUUGGUGGAAAUGCAUAUAGAUAAUUUAUCCAAUUUUUAGAAAACUGAAAAUAUGAAGGGGAAAUUUUUACUAUUUAACACAAUGUUACUUGUACAGAGAUAGCAAGGCUUGCAAAGAAUAAAAUAUGAAAAUUA